AUGUCUAAGAGAGGUCGCGGUGGAUCCGCUGGAAACAAGUUCCGCAUGUCGCUGGGUCUUCCAGUGGCUGCGACGGUGAAUUGUGCUGACAACACCGGAGCGAAAAAUCUCUACAUCAUUUCAGUGAAGGGGAUCAAGGGUAGACUUAACCGUCUUCCUUCAGCUUGCGUCGGAGACAUGGUGAUGGCCACCGUGAAGAAGGGAAAGCCAGAUCUGAGGAAAAAGGUUUUGCCUGCUGUCAUCGUUCGUCAACGUAAGCCAUGGCGCCGAAAGGACGGUGUCUUCAUGUACUUUGAAGAUAAUGCCGGUGUCAUUGUGAAUCCUAAGGGAGAAAUGAAAGGUUCUGCCAUCACUGGUCCAAUCGGUAAGGAGUGUGCUGAUCUGUGGCCUAGGAUUGCAAGUGCUGCCAAUGCCAUUGUAUGA